AGGAGGAGACAGAACCGCCACACAUUAAAAAGGAACAGGAGGAACCUCGGACCAGUCUGGAAGGAGAGCAGCUUCAGGGGCUGGAGGAGGCUGAUAUCACGAAGUUCACAUUCACUCCUGUCCUUGUGAAGAGUGAAGAAGAUGAAGAGAAACCACAGUCCUCACAGCAUCAUCAAACACAAACUGUACAAUUGAAAACAGAAGCUGGUGGAGAGGACUGUGAAGGACCAGAACCAGACAUGAACACUGAUCCAGAUCCACAAGUCCAAACCGUGAGAGCGCUGGUGGAGCAGCGACUGACUGCGGCUGCUGAAGAGAUAUUUGGGCCGUUUGCAAGAACGAUAGCGGAGUGUAAGGAGGAACUUCAUCGUUCAAAAGAGAGGAACGAGCGACAACAGAAACUACUGGACGCUGUUUUCAACCCUCAGCUUCACUUACACAGAGCAGAUGUCCAGAAGCUGUUGGUGGUUAAAGAAGAGUUUCCCUCUGCCCAGCAGGAGAGGAGCUGCAGUCUGGACCAGGAGGACCCAGAGCCCCCACACAUUAAAGUGGAACCGGAGGAACCUUGGACCAGUCAGGAGGGAGAGCAGCUUCAGGGGCUGGAGGAGACUGAUAUCAUCAAGUUCACAUUCACUCCUGUCCCUGUGAAGAGUGAAGAAGGUGAAGAGAAACCUCAGUCCUCACAGCUUCAUCAAACACAGACUGAACAGAUGGACACAGAAGCUGAUGGAGAGGACUCUGGACGACCAGAACCAGACAGGAACUCUGAUCCAGAUCCACAUUUACAAACUGAUACUGGUGAGGAGCCUGCAGACUCUUCUGAACCUGAGACUGAUGACAGUGCUGAUUGGAAGGAGACCAGAGAACCUCAGUCAGGUUUGAACUGUUUGAAAAAAGAUGGUGGUCCUGUCAGAGAUUCCUCAUUUUGUGCUGGUGAGAAACGAUUUAGCUGCUCUGAGUGUGGGAAAAGAUUUGGCUACAAGUGCUAUCUGAAGAGACACAUGAGACUCCACACAGGAGAGAAACCUUUCAGCUGCUCAGUUUGUAAGAACACUUUUACACUGAGUGGACAUUUAAAGUCACACAUGAGACUCCACACAGGAGAGAAACCUUUCAGCUGCUCAGUUUGUAAGAAAACUUUUACACAAAGUGGAACUGUAAAGGUACACAUGAGACUCCACACAGGAGAGAAACCUUUCAGCUGCUCAGUUUGUAAGAAAACCUUUACAGAGAGUGGAACUUUAAAGUCACACAUGAGACUCCACACAGGAGAGAAACCUUUCAGUUGCUCAAUUUGUAAGAAAACUUUUACAUGGAGUGCACAUUUAAAGUCACACAUGAGUGUCCACACAGGAGAGAAACCUUUCAGCUGCUCAGUUUGUAAGAAAACUUUUACACGGAGUCGAACUUUAAAGUCACACAUGAGACUCCACACAGGAGAGGAUCUUUUCAGCUGCUCAGUUUGUAAGAAAACUUUUACAGAAAGUGGAACUUUAAAGUCACACAUGAGACUCCACACAGGAGAGAGACCUUUCAGCUGCUCAGUUUGUAAGAAAACUUUUACAUGGAGUGGACAUUUAAAGUCACACAUGACACUCCACACAGGAGAGAGACCUUUCAGUUGCUCAGUUUGUAAGAAAACUUUUACACGGAGUGCACAUUUAAAGUCACACAUGAGACUCCACACAGGAGAGAGACCUUACAGCUGUUCAGUUUGUAAGAAAACUUUUGAGCGAAGUGUUAAUUUAAAGGCACACAUGAGUCUCCACACAGGAGAGAGACCUUUCAGUUGCUCAGUUUGUAAGAAAACUUUUACAUGGAGUGCAGCUUUAAAGUCACAUAUGAGACUCCACACAGGAGAAAAACCUUUCAGCUGCUCAGUUUGUAAGAAAACUUUUACAUGGAGUGGACAUUUAAAGUCACACAUGAGACUCCACACAGGAGAGAGACCUUUCAGCUGCUCAGUUUGUAAGAAAACUUUUACGCGGAGUGGAACUUUAAAGAGACACAUGAGAAUCCACACAGGAGAGAGACCUUUCAGCUGCUCAGUUUGUAAGAAAACUUUUACGCGGAGUGGAACUUUAAAGAGUCACAUGAGAAUCCACACAGGAGAGAGACCUUUCACCUGCCCAUUUUGUGGUAAAGGUUUCAAUGGAAGUUGGGAUCUUGAGACACAUGUGAGAGUUCACACUGGAGAGAAACCUUUCAGCUGCCGUAUUUGUAGCAAAAGAUUUGCCUGUGGUUCACAGGUCAAAAAUCAUAAAUGUGCUGGCCGGUCGUCCUCAAAGUUUCAUCAAACUAAGGAGAACAAAGAGGCAGAGCCUCUAGACAGCAGCCCACAUGAAGAGAUGCUGACAGAAACUGAUGGAGAGGACUGUCGAAGACCAGAAGCAGCCAGCAACUCAAAUCCAGAUGAACCAGAAACUGAUGAGGAUACUGGAGAUUCUCCUGAACCUGAAACUGAUGAUAGGGGUGAUUGAAAGUAAACUAGCACAACUCUGUCUGCUGUAAAUUCUUAGUAAAAGGUCCUCAUCAGUGACAAUGAAAGCCUUUUUAUUUACCCCUUGGACCUUUUGGAGGGUGUGACGGAUUCAGUUUGAAGGCUACAGAGAAGAUCAUCACAUAUUGGUAUGAAACUUGAUGAUCUUAGGAAUCCUUUUGUACAAAAUAUGUUGUCAUCUCUUGUUGGGAAGGGGGUGAAAUUUGAUGUUUAUAUGUCCAUUGAGCAUCUUUAGAAUUUUUUGUUGUUGUUUUACAAAACGAAAGUUCACAAACUGAUAUUUUAAUACAAUAUUUAAUUGUAGAAGUGUAACAAUUACAACUUUAUUUUUUUAACAGUAAAAC